AUGUCAAAGAAGAAAGUUCAAAAGAGGCUAGCCAUUAAAGGUGAAACAUCCAUUGAUGUUCCAACUGAUACCAUCUUUUUCAUACUUACUAGGCUUCCAGUUAAAUCUUUGUUACGUUUUAAAUCUGUUUCUAAAGCAUGGAAUGCUAUAAUCUGUGACGAUGAAUUCACAAAAAUUCACCAUCAUCAAACCAAAGCGUUAGGCCGCAAAAAGCUAUUGGUACAAAGACCUACUGGUUAUUUCAACUUUAGAGACCUCGAAAAUCCUCAAUUAAUUUUGAUGGAAAGACAAUUAUUUCCUCUAAAAAGGUUACAACAAUGUGCUGAAAUCAUGUGCUCAUGUGAUGGUUUGGUACUUAUUAAGGACCAUAAGUCCUAUAAUGAGUAUGUUUUGUGGAAUCCAUCUACCACAAAAUAUCGAGUUCUUGAAUUAUGUCCUUAUUUGAACCUGGACAACGAAUGCCCAAAAGCUUGUGGAUUGUGCAAUGAUUCUAAUCUUGACGACUACAAGGUUAUUGUGAUAUGUAAAUUGUUUUAUGUUGUCUACUCUUUGAAUAAGGGUUGUUGGACAAAGAAAACAAGUUUCCCUUGUCCACUUCUAUCAGCUAUUAGAAAGGUUGUGUAUUUUGGUCUCUGA